AUGGUGCUCUGGAGGGGGCGUUUACUGUUCCGACAGUACAUCAAAGGGAAACGCCACAAAUACGGCAUAAAGCUAUAUUCCCUUUGUGAACCUAACGGCCUUGUGGUUCGUUUUACUAUCUACUCUGGAGGUCAAGGACAGCUAGGAGGUAAAGGACAUGCCAUAAAAGUCGUGAUGCACCUUAUGAAAGGAAAGUUGAAUGUCGGACAUGCACUCUAUAUGGACAACUUUUACAACAGCUUUCCUCUUGCUUCAAAGCUCUUGUCCAAAAAGACUUACUGCACCGGAACCCUUCGAAUGGACCGGAAGUAUCUCCCAGAAGACAUCAAAGCUGCCAAGUUGAAAAAAGGAGAGACAGUCGCUCGGUAUGCUGAAGGUGUCAUGGUCGCUAAGUGGAAGGACAAACAAGUUGUGUCUUUCCUCUCCACGGAGCAUGACAAUACGAUGGUUAUGUCGUCUAAUCGACGUAAUGUCCAACGAGAGAAACCGUUGGCAAUUGUUCAGUACAAUGCCAAUAUGAAAGGGGUAGAUAGGAGUGAUCAAAUGCUCUCCUACUACCCCAGUGAUCACAAAUCUUUGCGGUGGUACAAGAAAAUAUUCAUCCAUCUUAUCCAGAUGAUCAUGGUAAAUGCGCACAAGCUAUACAACGUCGCCAACGAAGACAACACGUUGCAGCUGUAUGAUUUACGUCUCAGAGUUAUUGAAGCGCUCUUGCCUCCCAAAGAUGUGCCUCCACCACAACGGCCUCCUCGCAACCCCCUUCAUGUUCUAUCCAAGACGACCAAACUAGAUAAAAAAAGGACGUCUGCUUGGAAAAAGAUGCCGUCAGUGCCUGAAAGAAGGACGACGUAA